AUGUCAACUGGAAGGGUACGAACGAAAAAAAAGGCAUGUCCUUCAGACCAGUCUCCGGACAACCUUCCUCUGAGGAGUUCUGGAAGACAGGUGAAGAAGAAAGCGGCUGAAGCAGCAGAUGAUGAUGAUGAAGCGUCAGAGAAGAAAUACAGAAAGUGUGAAAAAGCUGGAUGCACUGCAACAUGUCCCGUUUGCUUUGCCAGUGCAGCUGAAAGAUGUGCUAAAAAUGGCUAUACGUCUAGAUGGUAUCAUCUUUCCUGUGGGGAACACUUCUGCAAUGAAUGUUUUGACCACUAUUACCGAAGCCAUAAAGAUGGUUAUGAGAAAUACACUGCCUGGAAAAGGAUCUGGACAAGUAAUGGUAAAAGUGAGCCCAGUCCAAAAGCCUUCAUGGCUGAUCAACAGCUUCCUUACUGGGUGCAGUGCACAAAGCCAGACUGUGGUAAAUGGCGUCAGCUGACAAAGGAAAUCCAGCUGACACCACAAAUAGCAAAAACCUACAGAUGUGGUAUGAAACUGAACAAUUCCACCAAGACUGAGGGCUCAGACCAGUGUUCUAUGCCUGAGGACUUGAGAGUGGCUGAAGUUUCAGACCAUUGGUGGUACUCCAUGCUCAUACUCCCUCCUUUGCUGAAAGACAGUGUGGCAGCUCCCUUUCUAGCUGCAUAUUAUCCAGACUGCGUGGGCAUGAGUCCAUCCUGUACCAGCACUAAUCGCUUACCUGGUGAAUCCAACCUUGUGAAGUUAGAGCACUUAAAGAACGUGCCUAAUUUGACUGUUCCAGGCAUGAACAAGUAUUUCCAGCCUUUUUACCAGCCCAACGAAUGUGGGAAAGCACUUUGUGUGAGGCCAGAUGUCAUGGAACUGGAUGAGCUCUAUGAGUUCCCAGAAUAUUCACGAGACCCUACCAUGUACUUGGCUUUGAGAAACCUGAUUUUGGCUCUGUGGUACACAAACUGCAAGGAGGCUCUUACCCCUCAAAAAUGUAUCCAUCACAUCAUUGUUCGGGGGCUUGUGCGUAUUCGCUGUGUACAGGAAAUGGAGAGGAUACUUUAUUUUAUGACGAGGAAAGGGCUAAUUAAUACAGGGAUUUUAUCAGUCAGUCCUGACCAGUACCUUCUUCCUAAAGAAUACCACAGUAAAUCUGUCAUUAUUGUUGGGGCUGGUGCAGCAGGAUUAGCAGCAGCCCGACAACUGCACAACUUUGGAAUUAAGGUCAUUGUCUUAGAAGCUAAAGACAGAAUUGGUGGCCGAGUGUGGGACGAUAACACGUUUAAAGGAGUCACUGUUGGAAGAGGUGCACAAAUCGUCAAUGGAUGUGUCAACAACCCAAUGGCACUAAUGUGUGAGCAACUUGGCAUUAAAAUGCACAAACUAGGGGAGAAAUGUGACUUGAUCCAGGAAGGUGGAAGGAUAACAGAUCCCACUAUUGAUAAACGUAUGGACUUUCAUUUCAAUGCCAUCCUAGAUGUCGUCUCCGAGUGGAGAAAAGAUAAAACCCAACAUCAAGAUGUUCCUCUUGGUGAGAAAAUACAAGAGAUCUAUAAAGCCUUUAUUCAGGAGUCUGGUAUCCAGUUCAGUGAGCUGGAAGAAAAAGUACUACAGUUCCAUCUCAGUAAUUUGGAGUAUGCCUGUGGCAGCAAUCUCUCUCAGGUAUCUGCACGCUCAUGGGACCACAAUGAAUUUUUUGCCCAGUUUGCUGGAGAUCACACACUUCUAACUGUGGGAUAUUCUACUGUGAUUGAUAAAUUGGCAGAAGGGCUGGACAUCCGGCUGAAUUUCCCAGUACAGAGCAUUGACUAUUCUGGUGAAGAAGUACAGGUCACUACUGCAGAUGGAACAGUGUGGACAACACAAAAGGUAUUAGUGACUGUACCCCUGGCCCUUCUUCAGAAAAAUGCCAUUCAGUUUAAUCCUCCACUGUCAGAAAAAAAAAUUAAAGCCAUUAAUAGUUUGGGAGCAGGAGUCAUUGAGAAGAUUGCCUUGCAGUUUCCUUAUAGAUUUUGGGACAGUAAAAUUCAAGGAGCUGAUUUUUUUGGUCACGUUCCACCCAAUUCCAGCCAACGUGGGCUCUUCAGUGUUUUCUAUGACAUGGAUCCAGAGGGCAAACAAAGCAUUUUAAUGUCAGUGGUCACUGGAGAUGCUGUGAUGACCAUUAAGAAUUUAGAUGAUAAACAAGUACUGCAACAGUGUAUGACUGUACUUCGAGAGCUGUUUAAGGAGCAGGAGGUUCCUGACCCAGUGAAGUUUUUUGUUACUCGAUGGAGCAAAGACCCUUGGCUCCAGAUGGCAUAUAGUUUUGUGAAAACAGGGGGCAGUGGUGAAGCUUAUGAUAUUAUAGCAGAAGACAUACAAGGAAAAAUUUUUUUUGCUGGUGAGGCCACAAAUAGGCACUUUCCUCAGACCGUUACAGGAGCUUACUUGAGUGGAGUUCGAGAAGCAAGCAAAAUAGCAGCAUUUUGA